AUGGGACAACUCUUGUCACAUCCACUGACAGAAAAAACCAUUGUGUACAAUGAGUACGAGCAUUUCCCCGCCAACGUCUCUAGACACCGUCUGGGACACAGAUCUAGGCAGAUUGAAGGUAAAGAAGAGGGAAAAUAUGCUCAGUUUUUCAAUUGUGUGGGGUCGAUGCAAGGAUAUCGACUGACCCAGGAAGACGCGCACUUAGUUGCCAAUUGCGAUAAUUCAUUGGACGUGAAGUUCUACGAUCCAUUUCAGGAUGCUGAAGAGGUUCUUCGGAUAUCGCUUUUUGGAGUUUUCGACGGUCAUGGUGGCGGUGAGUGCUCGCAGUAUGUGAGCUCCGAACAGAACCCCCGAGAAGGCAUUAGCAAGUGGAUUAAAUUUGCAUUCGAAACGCACGAAUACGGAUCGGUUGACGUCACGCCAAAGUCCGGCAGGGCAUUCAAACAUAAAUUUCGCACCAUCGAGGGUCUCAUCUGCCAGAUUCUCAAAGAUGCAUUUUUGCUGCAGGACCGAGAACUAUACUGUCAUUUUGCCAAAGAAUCGUGUGGUUCCACAGCGAUCGUGGCUCUCAUAAUCAAUGGGGAAAUGCUAUACGUUGCCAACACAGGCGACUCACGAUGUGUCUUGUCUGCGAAGGGCGGAGGUGUGAAAACACUUUCAUUCGACCACAAGCCGCAGCACAUUGGAGAACUGGUCCGAAUAAACGACGAUGGCGGCACCGUUUCUCUAGGAAGAGUCGGUGGAGUUUUGGCCCUAAGUCGAGCGUUUGGCGAUUUUCAGUUCAAAACAAGUGUCUCAUAUACAAACAAGGCUGCAGGGUCGUCUGCUGGGCAGAAAUUCGUUGCACCGGCCCAAGAGUCUCAAGUAACUGCAGAGCCCGACGUUUUGCCACACCGCAUAUCCUACGACCGCGAUGAGUUCUUGAUUCUAGCAUGCGACGGAAUCUGGGAUCUCUACAGCAACAAAAAUCUGGUCCAGUUCAUUAAGUACCAUUUGACACUUGGACAAAAGCUAGAUGACAUAGUUACAAAAUUACUGGAACACGGAAUAAACUCUGCAGAUAGCAAUACGGGCGUGGGGUUUGAUAAUAUGACCAUAAUAAUAAUCGCUUUAAAUCGACCGGGCGAGUCGCUUGCUCAAUGGUAUGCCAAAAUGAAAACGCGAUUGGAACGCGAAAAAGGGCUAAUUGCUUGA